AUGGCCCCCUCCCACCUUGGCAAACAGCAGCUGUUCAGGCACCUGCAUGGAUUUUACUCCUGGCCGGGAGGCCCCAGGCUUCCACGCCACGGCCGUGGUGGAUGGAGCCUUCAAAGAGAUCAAACUCUCCGACUACAAAGGGGCCUGUUUAUCAUUGAUGACAAGGGCAUCCUGCGGCAGAUCACGGUCAGUGACCUGCCGGUGGGGCGCUCGGUGGAGGAGGUGCUGCGUCUGGUGCAGGCGUUCCAGUACACGUACACGCAUGGGAGAGUGUGCCCGGCAGGCUGGCAACCCGGGAGUGACACCAUCAAGCCCACGGUGAAGGACAGCAAGGAAUACUUCGCCAAGCAGCACUGAGCUCGGGGCAGCUGGUGGAGAA